AUUCACUAUAUCUGGUCUCCCAGAGUAUACAGAACAUGGCAAUGCAAUUAUUUUAGCAAAUAAAUGCAGCAUAUAGCAGUCUUGUGACUUCUAUCAGUGUCCAGGUGAGCACUGGUUAAAGCUUGUAGGAGACUUUUUAAUUCUCCCCUGAUUUUCCUAUGAUGCUGCAUCACCCCUGACCCUCUGUCUGGACAGUGCUGAUUGGCCCUGUGCUGAUCACAUGCACUGUCCCAAGAAAAAAAAAAAUGCUCUAGCAAUACACACCAAACUGAGCAUGUGCAUCUUGCCCCCAAGGCUCUGUACUAUCAGCAGUUUGAUUGGGGACAGCACACGAAGGGGAGGAUCAGAGAAGACAGGAUCAAACAGUCUUUUUACACAAUGCAGAGGAUUAAACCCUAAGGUUACACAGUAGAACCAGCAUGCUUUACUGUAUAUACAAACUGAUUUUUCUGUUGUGGGUUUAG